AUGGAACUACCUCCCCUCUCGGUCGAGCAGCUCUCGAAGCUGGCUGCGUCAAACGUUCCUCCAUUACAGCUCUAUGAGAUUUUGUCGCAAUACGAAACAGAUGCAUGCCUCAUAUCUGCUGGUACAGGUAGCCUUGAGACAGGCGAUGGUGACCCUCAAGUAUUGAGCUUGUUCUACUCGAGCUUUUUCUUCGCCCAUCUUCUCGCCAAACAAUUACCAGAAGCUCGAGCCUUGACACAGCGGAUGCCUGAGACUCUGCGACGCCAGGAUCCUUCCUUACAGAACUGCCUGACUUUACUCCGAGCACUUUGGCAAACCCAGCAUGCCCAGGUUUACCAGAUCCUCCGAAGAUUGCCGUGGCCAGAGAACCUGCAGCCACUAGUUCAGAGAUAUGAGAGCUUUUUCCAAGACGAUACCUUGAUCGCAAUCAGCACCUCCUACGAAGCGAUCAGACCCGCCACCGCAGCGAAUUACCUUGGCCUUGACCCGCAAGCGGCAGAACAAGGAGACCCGGCUAUUAUAGAGAAAUUUACAAGUUGUGGGUGGACCUGGGAUGCGGCGACUCAACUACUACACCCCUCCCCGAUCACCAUACCGCCUACCGAUAAACCCUCCUCAAACGGCAUUCGCGAGACCAUGGCUAUGCUGGGAAACCGUGGGAGUUGA